AUGGCGCUGCCGCUGCCCGCCGACUACUUUGCGUGCCCGGCGCUGACGCCCAAGCAGCGCGAUGCGAUUGUCAACUUUGGCCACGCAGCGUGCAACGACACGGUGCAGAACGCGCUGCAUUUGCAAAAGGCCCGCGUCGCGUCCGUCGUCAGCAACAAGAAGACCAAUCGCAUCGCGCGCAUCCACAAGGGCCACGACGCCAUCGACUAUACCCUGCCCGCUGUCUGCGGACGCACCGUCAUCCAGGCCACGCUGGCUGAGAUCGCGCACUUCUUCUACCUCGACUCAAAGCUCAAGCUCGCGACGUACGCGCUCAUUAUGGGCCAAACGAUCCUCGACCGCCACUGCCUCUACACGCUCAAGCAGCCGACGCCCGGACGCCCGGCGAUGCACUACCUCGGCGUCGCGUGGAUGGCCGUCGAGUGCCCCACCGGCAUCCUCAACCGCGACUUUUGCGUCAUCGAGUCCCACGACACGAUCGAGGUGCUGGACCCGACUACCAAGCGGCUCCGUCGCGGCUGGGUGCGUGCACUGCACUCGGUGGACCUGCCCGCCUGCCCGUCGCUGCGAGCGUCGCACGGGCUCGUCCGCGGUACCCUCCUCCGCUCGGGGCACGUCUUCCUCGAGACCAAUACGCCGGGUGUUCUCGAGUACUGUCACGUCAUGAUUUCGCAAGGCCACGGCAAACUCCCUCGCAGCGUCGUCUCGACCAUCUCGAAGAAUCAAGUUGCCCGGCUGCUCAAUCUCGAGGAAUUUCUCUCGUUGCAACGCUUCUCGGCACGCCUGGAUGUGACAAACUUUCUGGACGUCCGGCAUUUUCAAAACAAAGACACGGUCACAGCCUGUAGCAUUUGCCGCCGCAAGUUUGGUUGGUUCGUCUCCAAGAAGCACUGCCGGCAGUGCGGCAAGAUCAUUUGCUCGACGUGUGGUCGCAACUGGAAGAUGCCCAUCAACGACAAGCCCGUCAAGCUGCGCAUUUGCCAGGCGUGCUUUUGCCCUGAUCAGCCGCAAAAGACCCCCGACGACGAGUACGAGCCCAAACUCAUUUUCACCGCCGAAGCCUUCGAGUCGCAUCGGUCCUUGCACGAUGCGAUCAUGGACUCGCUUCGGCGCUUUGACGAGUCGACGCUAGUGAGCCACGACGAGAGCUCCAACGGCGACGACAGCACGUACUGCGACGAGUCGCCGCGCGCCUUCCCGCGCAUCUCGGCGCUCUCGGUGCUCGAGACCAACACGGCGAUCCGCCCGUCCUCCUUUGGCUCGUACCUCUACACGGACACCAGCCUCGACGCCAAAAUCGCGUGA